GGCUAUGGCAACUGGACAAUUCUCGGCAGCUGUGUUCUACUCCGAUCUAGUACUAGUAUUAUUACUAUUAAGCUAAUCUUUUGAGCUUAAGGGUAGUCGGUUACAUUAGAAUAUUAUAUUAACUAUUCGUGUAUAUGUAUAAACAUUAUUUGAGGCCAUUAGAAAAUAUACUUUAAGUCCGUAAUGGUUAUUUGUCGAUUUUAUUUACAAGGAAACUGUCGUUAUGGUAGCAGGUGCUGGAACGAACACCUUCCUACAAGGAAUCUUACUAUUCCUAAUACUAGUAAUAGUACUAGUGAUACAGCCUUCACACAAAUCAAAGGUCGAAAUGUUACACCACAACCUGUUAUUUAUGAUCGGAAUAAAUACACAUGGACACCAAAAGAUGCUGUCCAGAAAUCAACUAAUGGAGGUUUCAGUUUUACCAAGACUUUAGAACAGUCUCGAACUUUUACACAAAAUCGCUUUGCUGUUUUAAACCAGCCUGUACAACAGCAAGAACCACAACAGAUUGACAGUGAUGUCUCUUUGUUAGAAAUGGUUAAGCAAGACAUUCUGUUGUGGGAGCUUGGAAAACAAUGGCCUUUUAGCUGUUAUGGACAUCUUAAAAAGCAGGGCUGUUUCCCAGGGUUUCUGGACAUUUCUCCUGAAGAACUCAGGUGGACUGCCUACUAUGCUCAAAGAGAAGGUAACACCCAGUCAUACUUGCAUCUAGUCAAACAAGCUUUAGAAGAUGUUCAAACGAAACGAAAAGAGUUGCAGAAAGCUUCUCCAGAUAUUCUAAGAAUCUUGGAAUCUCUUGAUGAAGGAAGUUCUGAAAAUCAACAAUUAAAAUUAUUUCAAGUGACAGGUGAAAUUUCUCAGUUUGGUUUUAACAUAACCCCGUCAUUUCAUGGAACCCCACAAGCUCAUACUGCUGAAGAAAGUAUAUUUGGAAAAUCAUUGCAGUUGUCAUCAUUUGGAAAGUCUGCACAGCCAUCGUCAUCAUUAAAUAGUCAAGCAAACCUUGAGCAAUCAGCUUUUCAAUUAGCAUUACUUGGAUCACCUGAGCAGUCUUCUUCAUUUUCUAAAAGGACUUCUGAGUCAUUAUCAUUAUUUGGAAAACCCACUAUGGUUCUAUCUUCAUCUGAUAAACCAUCAGAUCAAUUAAUAGUCUCUAGUAAACCAGCAGAAAACACAUCUUUGAUUGGUUCAGAGGUGUCAAAUAAGGCAUCUGGAUUCUCCUUUACAGAACAACUGUCUGCUGCAAGACAAGUUGGUAUGACUACAAGUUCAUUUCAAAAAGCAACAGGUCAAAACAAUGAAAUGACAAGCAUAUUAUAUACACCCCUUGCAGUUCUCAAGAAUACAGAAAAAGAACAGUUUAGCACCCCUACAUUUACACUAGGGAAAAUACCCUUACGACCACCCCCAAGGGAACUUUGUUGCUAAAGAUUGCAUUUGUUUUUAGUUAACCAAACGUACAUUUUUUAGAUGUGUUGAUAAUGCUUCAGUAAUUGAAAUAUUUUAGAUAUUUGUGAAGCUCAGAAAUGAAUGUUACUUGUAAAUUGAUGAUUUGAACUAAAUAUCAAUGAUUUGUUGUUUUUAAACAAUACAUAAAGAACUGUAAUUUAGAACUGAAGCUUUGUUUGCAUUAAAUAUAAGUAAAAUUUUUGUUGUAUUGACGUACCGAGGUUAAUCCUGUCACAAUGGGUGUAUGUAUUAGAAUGUAUGGAAUAUAUAUAUUGCAUAGUCAGUAUUUCAAAUAUAUUUAUACUCUGA